AUGGACUGGGCUCAAGAUGCAACGGGUAUUAGCGAUAAUGAUUAUCGAAACGUCUAUAGGUACGAGGAGACGCACACCACCGUUGUGCAGAUGACAACUGGCGAAAAGGAACCGUUGAUAUUGUCCCUAAAGUCAGAGGAAGAUUGGGUUUCUUGGUUUCAAUCAGAACAACGGCCGCGCAUCUGUGGACCAAAGCCUGGCUACGUUCUACUCUUAGCAAAACGCACGGGAGAGCGUCCAUUUUGCGCUCCUAGCCGAGUUGGAUCAGGAGAAUGGCUGGACACAUACAAAAAGGAGAUAGCAUCCAUAUCUAGAACUCAAAGAACCUCGACUUUUGCUUCAUUGGCAGAGAAGAGCCCAACGGAUGGCAGCAGUCCCAAAAACUUACUAGGAAGCGGAAGACGGGGUGUACGCACACUUCCCUUUUCAGAGAAGGUGUUCCGAAUGAUCACAAAAAACUUUCACACGCAUGGGUCUAUAUCCCGUGUCAUUAGUCGAGCAGAUGUACAAACUUUCUCCUGCUCUGAAGUUGAGAUGGGAGAAUCUGAUGGACCGACUUAUAUGGCAGAUGUCUAUAAUUGUCGGACAUCAAACGCUUGGGAUAUGGAUCUUGCACUUACCGCUACUUGCUUCCCUCAUUGCGGCUUGACGUUUGCCAUUUUGUUCGGUUGCCCAUUAUCUGUCGAAGAGGAAAUCAUCAAACGGCUGUCAUUUGCAACAGCCGAGGCGGCACACCCUCUAUUGUUGCCUGGCAUAUUUGUCGAGCUGGAAAGGACUCGGCAUGUUCACGUAGUUGAAGCCAUGAUUGACGAGCUUGAAACCAAGAUUUUUGAAUUGGACUUCCACACAGGCGAGACAGAAUGGGCACAGAGUUCAAGCGCUGAGAGGAGAAAUCAGGAGAAGCGGACGGCAUAUCUUGAUACUGCAUAUCUCAGAAACGGACUUAUCAACUGGAGUGCGCAAUUAUUGAAAAUGGUUCAGCAUGCAGAAUAUCUCGAAAACAAUGUUUUCGCUUCUGGAGAUUUCCCUGAAACGACCGGUGCUAAGUUCAACAGCCAGCCUUUUGAAUUGCCCAUGGUGUCAAUCAGUCAUCAGAACGGAGAUGAAUCGAGCGAUUGUUCUGUUGCCAUGCAAAAGUAUAGUUCUCACCCGACAAAUAAACAAAUGCGGAGAGUUGGUGGUAGGAUCAAGGACCGCCUUCAAGCCAUAAUUGACGAAUACGAGGACAAGAUUCGGGACUGUACUAUGCGAGUGGAUGGGAUGGCUAUGGCAACACAAUGGGCUCAAGGUGAAACCAAUGUCGAAAUUGCUCUUGCUACUGGCCGUGACUCGAGGCAUAUGAGAUCCAUUGCCUUGCUCACCAUGGUCUUCCUACCAGGAACCUUCUUUGCGAGCGUAUUUUCUAUGACCUUCUUCAACUGGUCCAACUCGGACGGUAGCGCCGAAGUCUCGGGGUAUAUCUGGAUCUAUAUUCUUGUCACCGUCUGUUUUACCCUUCUCACAGUUGGGACUUGGUAUUACUUUGUCAUUUGGCGGCAAUCGAGGCCAAGCAAACCGAAGUCAGAAGAGGAGGCUCUAGUUUGA